AGCCAAUGGAAGGAAAUCUAUCCUCUUAUCCACAUCAAACCCUAAAAACCAGUAGACAAACACAGUGAUCAAUCAAUGCCAUUCCUAAACUAAAACCUUAACGAAUUCCUAAAAUAACCAUGUCUGGAUUACUCGGAACUUCUUCUUCUGCAGCGGCACUACUCAGCUCAAGAUCCAUUUCUUUUUCUUCUUCUUCAAAGGCGUCAAUUCGUGCUCUAUCUUUUAAUCCAGGGCAUGGUCAAGGUAGGAGGUUUUACGGAGGCAUUGGAGUUCCAGUGAAGAAGGGAAGGUCUCAUCUUUCAAUCUCAAAUGUUGCCACUGAAAUCAGCCCUGCCCAAGAACAGGCUAAGAAGCUGUCAAAGGAAAACCAGAGACCGGUGUAUCCAUUUGCUGCAAUAGUCGGGCAAGAUGAGAUGAAACUAUGCCUUCUGUUGAAUGUCAUCGAUCCAAAAAUUGGUGGCGUCAUGAUCAUGGGCGACAGAGGAACCGGUAAAUCCACAACUGUUCGUUCACUCGUGGAUUUGCUUCCAGAGAUCACAGUCGUUGCAGCUGACCCUUUCAACUCAGACCCCGAGGAUCCAGAAUCAAUGGGGAUGGAAGUAAGAGAGAAGUUGAUCAAAGGUGAACAACUUCCAACCAUAAGAACCAAAAUCAACAUGGUUGACCUCCCAUUAGGUGCCACAGAGGACCGUGUCUGUGGAACAAUCGAUAUCGAGAAAGCUCUUACAGAGGGUGUCAAAGCUUUUGAACCUGGUCUUCUUGCUAAAGCCAAUAGAGGGAUUUUGUAUGUUGAUGAAGUGAAUCUUUUAGACGACCAUUUAGUCGAUGUUCUUCUUGAUUCAGCCGCAUCCGGAUGGAACACAGUGGAAAGAGAAGGUAUUUCUAUAUCGCACCCAGCUCGUUUCAUCCUCAUAGGAUCAGGAAACCCUGAAGAAGGUGAACUCAGGCCACAAUUGCUCGAUAGAUUUGGGAUGCAUGCCCAAGUGGGUACUGUACGAGAUGCUGAACUUAGGGUCAAAAUUGUGGAGGAAAGAUCCCGUUUUGAUCAAAAUCCGAAAGAGUUUCGUGAAACUUAUAAAGCAGAUCAAGAAAAACUUCAAGAACAGAUAUCCGCAGCUAGGAGUUGUCUUUCGGCUGUGCAAAUGGACCAUGAACUUCGUGUUAAGGUCUCGAAAGUUUGUGCCGAAUUGAACGUCGAUGGAUUAAGAGGUGAUAUUGUGACGAACCGUGCUGCCAAAGCUUUGGCUGCUUUGAAGGGGAGAGAUCAAGUGACAUCUGAAGAUAUUGCGGUUGUGAUCCCGAAUUGCUUGAGACACAGAUUACGGAAGGAUCCUUUGGAGUCCAUUGAUUCGGGUCUACUCGUUAUCGAGAAAUUCUAUGAAGUUUUCAGUUGAAGCAGGUCAUAUUUUUUGUUUGGAUCUGUGAUCCUUUCGACAAUUCAAUGGUACGUAUGAUACGUUUUGAGAAAUGUAGAUUCGUUUUACGAGAGUUAUCUGUUAGUUUCGAUAUGCAAUCGUGUACGUUUUUGUUA